UCAUUAAAAAUCGUUGAGGUCGCUCGUCCUCCUUCAUAAUUACCAUUAUUACUUCAGUGUUCAGUUUACAUUGUCAAGAGGGGAUUAAAAAGAAUUAUUACUUUGCGAAUUUUCGAUCGCAAUGACACGACAUGCAAGGAAUUGCACCGCUGGUGCAGUGUACACGUAUCAUGAGAAGAAGAAGGACGCUGCUGCAUCAGGUUAUGGCACCAACACUCAACGAGUGGGCAAGGACUCUGUCAAGGAUUUCGACUGUUGUUGUCUGACUCUACAACCCUGCAGGAAUCCAGUGAUAACGAAAGAUGGAUAUUUAUUUGAUAAAGAAGCGAUAUUGGAAUAUGUCUUGACUAAGAAAAGAGAAUACACAAGGAAGCUAAAGGAAUACGAGAAGCAGAAGCAAAAGGAAGAGGAGCAAUCGCAAGAACAGACAGCCAAUGAAGAGUUGAAAAAGCUACAAAAUUUUCUAAAGGGUGAGAAAACCAUUGUGUCAAGCAGUUCCAGUACGACAGAUGGAGAUUCAGUCUCCAACAUGAAAAAUGGUAAAGACAAGAUGCUACCAAGCUUCUGGAUACCUUCAAAGACCCCAGGAGCGAAGGAAGUUUCCUUACAAAAGCCUGAUAAGACCAUUUACUGUCCUGUCAGUGGAAAGCCAUUGAAAGUGAAGGAUUUGAUUCCGAUAAAAUUCACAGUGGUUGAGGAUCCAGAUGAUAAGAGAUCGCUUAUCGUUAAACAAGCGCGAUACAUGUGUCCUAUCACUCACGAUGUAUUGGGUAACAAUGUCCCUUGUGUUGUGAUAAAAACGACCGGUGAUGUAAUCACAAUGGAAUGUGUGGAAAAACUAAUAAAAAAGGAUUGGAUUAAUCCUUUAGAUAAUUCCAAAUUGACACCAUCUGAUAUCAUCCCUCUACAAAGGGGUGGCACUGGUUAUGCAUUAGUUAAUGAUUCAUUAGAAGGUAGACACGAAAGGCCAGUGUUACAAGCGUAAAAAGGAUUUGUUGUUGCUCCAUUGUAUAUAAACAUCUUAAUCUCAUUGAGAAAAUACAAGGAUUGUAAAUAUUUUACUGUAUUUUACUGCAAAUAUUUAA